CGCCCUCUUUUGGAUAGAUACUGUAACGUGUCGUCUGUGUGUUAUUUCUUUUUUAAUUAAUUUUUUUGAAAAUGGAUCUGUCUGCCUUUUCAAAUGACAAUUUUGAUGCUAAGGAUUGGAUUAAUUCAACAUUUCAAUUGCCGGAAGCAAAAGAAAAUAAGGAGGCUUAUUCUUCUACUUUAGUAAUGAAACUUCAGCUUUUUAUACAAGAAGUAAACAAUGCUUUAGAAGUUACUUCUCAACAAGUCAUGCAAGUAAUUCCAAGAAUAGUAAGGGAAUUGGAUGCAAUGAGAGAAGAAGCAUUGCUUUUAAAAGAACAAAUGAAAACUGUAAAAGAUGAUAUUACAAAAGUUGAACAUGAUUCUACUAAGUCAAUGAAGACACUUCUUUUGAUUGAUUCUGUGAAAUCAAGAAUGCAAGAAGCAACCAAAUCGCUAAAAGAAGCCGAUAAUUGGUCAACUUUAUCUGCUGAUGUGGAAGAUGUUUUCCAAACUGGUGAUAUUAAUGCUAUUGCUGCAAGACUAGUUGGCAUGCAAAAUAGUUUGGAAGUAAACAAUGCUUUAGAAGUUACUUCUCAACAAGUCAUGCAAGUAAUUCCAAGAAUAGUAAGGGAAUUGGAUGCAAUGAGAGAAGAAGCAUUGCUUUUAAAAGAACAAAUGAAAACUGUAAAAGAUGAUAUUACAAAAUUAAUUUCAGAAUUGUCACAGAUGUAUGUAAAAAUUUUUCUUGAUAUUAAGAGACUUCCACAACUUCAAAAAUACUAUCACAAUUGUCAAAAGAAUCAGUUGUUAGAACAAUGGCGGUUGAUAGUAGAAUCUGAUCCUGAAGAAACAUUUAGUGAUUGGAUAAGUAAUUUUCAUGACAUUUUACUUUCAACAUGGCAUUCACAGAUGAAUUGGUGCAGCCAAGUAUUUUUGGAUCUGCCAACUGUACAGAUAUUAUGUGAAUUAAUUGUGGAUGUUCUCUCGAGUCUUGAUCCAUCACUUUCAUCAUGUAUAGAAACUGCUUUCAAAGAACAUUCUUCUCCUCUUCUUUAUUUAAUUGAUCUUAAACAGACUGUAGAUAGAUUUGCGAAGAGUUUAGAAGUUGCAAUUCAGGGUAUUAGUUCAGAUCAUUUAAAAAGUGAUAAUGUUGCCACAUUAGCCCAGUCCCUCUAUGCCUCAUACAGACCAUUUAUUGAUGAGUAUUCUAUAUUAGAAGAAAAUUUAUUGCUUUCCAACCUAUGCUCCUUGAGUGUGACUUCAGAAGAACUAAUGGAUGCUGUUCAUAAUCUUGGAGAUUCAGUAUCAAAAGUAUUAUAUUUAUGCCAAGAGGCAGAUAAUCGAUGUCAGCAGUUAACACAUGGUUGUGGAUAUCCGGGACUUAUAAUAGCAUUAAAAAUGCUGUACAGACAGUAUGCAGAACAACAUAAAAUGGUAUUAAACGAGUUGAAGUCCAUCAAGAAAAAGCAAGACCAUGCCAAAAUUGAUGAUAAUGAUUGGACGCUGUUUCAACAUGCGUUACACAUAUUACAGAUUACUGGUGAAGUACUUUUACAAUUAGAAAAUUUAGAAGCUAAUUUAAUUAAUAACAUAAAAGAAACGGCCCAAAAAUUAGGAUAUACCAUUGAAGUUGGAGUAAAUAAACUUGAACAAUCCUCGCUCGCAGAGAAAAAAUCUCCAAAUCCCUUUCAUGCCUACGAUGAACUUCUCCUCUCGCCGGCUAAAAAACGAGAACUGAGAAAAUUAUUUUUAAAACUGUGUGAUGCUGAAGACUUCAGGGUGUUGGACGACAGCUUCAAGAUAUUCAGAAGUCUGUGCGCUGAAAUAGGAAAGCUGGUGUUUGACGUCGUCUUCGACAAAAUUUGGACGCACAUUCAAGAAAUCCCGUCGCUACAGAUAUGGUCAACGGAAAAUCCUGCAGGAGUGCUGAUGUCAGAUCUUCCUGCUUUCAGUUUUUCUCCCCAAGAAUACAUCACGCAGAUCGGUCAAUACAUAAUGACAUUACCGCAGCACAUAGAACCGUUCGUCUUGCAAGAUAAUCCUGCUCUAGUCACAGCUCUGAAACACGAACAGUUACCUUACACCAAGCCUAAUGAUUGCGUUGACCAUGUGGCUGAUUAUUUGCUGAGUUGCAUUGCGAGGGGAACAUUGCAGAUUUACUUCGAAGCCAUUCUUAAGAUACCACACUUAACCUCGUACGCCAACAACCAGUUAAUAACAGAUAUUGGUUAUGUGUGUGACGUACUGGAUGAUCUGGGUCUCUCUCCUUCUGACAACCUCGGCAACCUGCUUCUAUUGCUGAAGGCCUCUUCCCGGGAUUACGCCAAGACUGCGCAGGGAAAGCCUGAACAUCUGGUCAAAACAGUUAAGGCGAUGAGAAAGUUAUAAAUUAGUGUCUUUUGUACAAAUUUCCAAUUGCUUUAUUUAAUUCAAUUUGUAUACGAAGUUGUACUAAAUAAAAUAGGUAAUUUAUAAA